AUGGGCUGCGGCCGUGCCGUGUGCGUGCUGCUGGCUGCUGCGCUUCUGCCUGCCCGCGCCUUCCCCCAGACCAACAUCAAGAUCAGCCAAGCUUUUCUGGAUGUUACCUACCUGUGUGGAUCUUACCUUCAGCCAAGUAUAGACCAGAAAUUUGGGGAGAAAGGGCUGACGUGCCAUGGGGCUGGCAGGAAGCUGGUGUUGCAGGUGGUAGAUUUGCUUCAGGUGCUGCUCUGUGCCCUGGGAGCUGAUGCUGCUGAGGCGGAUGUUUUUCUGGGGUUUUUAAAUCUGAGGACCUGGGAAACUCAUGGCUUUUUGCAAAAUUUGGGCUUGUGCAAAAUUUUGAAUGGCUUCAGCCAAAUCUGCUUUUUUUCCACAUGUAUAACUUUGGUUUGUUGUCAAGGAGCAGGGGUGGCUGGCUGCUGCUUCUCCCACAUCUUCUGUGUGUCCUCUGCUCUGCCCCCAGCCCUCCCGGAGCCUGUGCAUGCCUACUCCUGCCCUCUCUUCUGGACAGAGUAUGAAGGGCACUGCUACCGCUACUUCCCCAUCAACAAAACCUGGGCUGAGGCCGACCUCUACUGCGCAGAGUUCUCCAUUGGCAUCAGGUCAGCGAAGCUGGCCUCCAUUCACAGCUGGGAAGAGAAUGUCUUUGUGUAUGACCUGGUGAACAGCCGUGUGCCUGGCAUCCCCACUGACAUCUGGACGGGGCUCAAUGACCUGCGGCAGGAGGGUCACUUCGAGUGGACGGAUGGCACCUCCUAUGACUACAACUACUGGGAUGGCAGCCAGCCCGAUGACGGCAUCCACUCCAUCCCUGAGGAGGAGGACUGUGUACAGAUCUGGUACCGGGCCAGCAGCGCGCUGCGCUCCUGGAACGACAACGCCUGCGGCCGGACCUUCCCCUUUGUCUGCAAAAUCCCCUCGCUGGCCCUGGACUGAGCCUGACUGUGUGCCCAGCUUCGUGCUGUCAGCGGGGCAGCGCGGGACGGAGCAGGCCUCAUGCUCUUCACCUCGGCCCUGAAGCUCUGCCUGCAGACAAGCGAGUUGCAGAGCAAUGGAGGCCACCCAGACUUGAACCUGGGGUCGAGUUUAAAAUAAA